AAGUAUUCCGCAAAAUAAGAAAGAAAAAAAAAAGUCAUUCUCGCUUAAUUCUAAAUUUAUCAUGAACCUUCGUUCGUCCGUAUUCCGUCGUACAUGCCCACCAAGAAAGACCCAAUAAACCUGCGUUUGUCCGUAUUUCGACGUACAGGCCCACGGGCUUUCAAGUCGAGAAGUUCGUCGUUUCGUCUCUAUGCAGCGAGAGCAAAAUCAUAGCUCUGAAGCUGAAAAUACAGAAAUGGCGGUAACGAAAGCCAAGCUGGUCUACACUAUUUACAGAACUCUCAGCUACGGUCUAUCUCCAUUGCUCUACCUUCACCUUCGCUGGCGCAAGAACUUAGGUUUCGAGCACCCGCUCCGGUGGCUAGAGCGUCUUGGCCGCGCCUCCCUUCCUCGUCCCCCAGGCCCACUCCUCUGGUUCCAUGCCGUCUCUUUAGGUGAAGGAGUGGCUGCAAUUCCCGUAAUCAAAGAAUGUAUUCGAAAGAGACCUGGAUUGACUAUCUUGAUGACCACUACUACUGCUUCCGCAUUUGAAGUAAUAAAGAAUCGUCUUCCUUGUGGGGUCAUAUAUCAGUUUGCGCCAAUUGACACCCCUAAUGCUAUGGAUGCUUUCCUAGGCUAUUGGAAGCCGAAUGCAAUUGUGCUAGUAGAGAGUGAAUUGUGGCCAAAUCUUAUAAUGGAUGCUUCAAGAAAGGGCAUUACCCUGGCCUUGAUAAAUGCUCGAAUGUCAACCAAAUCUUUCAGACGGUGGUCGAAACCAUGGCUUCUUCCACUAAUUUCAUUAAUGCUGUCAAAAUUUUCAUUGAUUAUCCCAUUGAGCACUAUGCAGGCAGCAAACUUUCAACUAUUGCUCGCUCCACCGUCUAUCAUCAACUCUUCCGGCGACUUAAAAUUUGUUGUUGAAGAGUUUAUCUCCGAGGAAGAGAUGAGAAGCAUAGAAGAUCUGAAGAUGCAGCUUGAUCGCAGGAAGAUAUGGAUGGCUUCUUCUAUACACAAGGGAGAAGAAGAAGUCAUUCUAGCUGUUCACGAAGUACUCAUUCAAGCACACCCAGAUUUAGUGACAAUUAUUGUGCCUCGAUAUACAGAUCACGGACGAGAAAUUGCUCAUAAGUUCCAGAAGGGGGGGCAAUGUGUCGCUUUGAGGUCUCAAGGCCAUAAAAUUACACCUGGGACAAAUAUAUAUGUGGUGGACACAUUAGGUGAAUUGAGACACUUAUAUCGAAUAACUCCUAUAGCUGUAAUCGGGGGUUCCUUCCUGCCUGGUUUUACUGGUCACAACAUAUCAGAAGCUGCUGCAGCUGGCUGUGCUGUUUUAACUGGCCGACAUGUUGGACAUUUCUCAUGCAUGAUUUCGGACAUGCAACAAUUAAACCCUCUGUCAGUUCUCCAGGUGUCUGAACAAUUUGAGUUAGAAGAAGCUCUUGAAGUUGUGUUUAGGGACAACCAAGUUCUGGAAGCACGUCGUGAGGCUGCUAAACAAGCGUAUCAUUGCCUAUCAAGAGGUACUGUUACCAGAGUCUGGAACUUAUUAGAUAGUCAACUUCUGAAACAUGCCUUGAGCUGAAAACAAAUUAACGAAGAUUAGCAUAUAUUAUACCAUGCACCGAAUAUGAAGUUUGAUGCCAAAGCUUUUACACUAGCAGACCGAUUAUACCAGGCAUAAUUAGUUUCUAUUAUGCAUUGAUAUGUCGUGGUAGCUCUAGAAAGGGAUUUGGAUCCGAGUGUUAGUAAUUUGAGCUAAAAUAACGAGUAUUUGAUCUUUUACGAACUGUGAUGCUAGUAAAUGUUACGAAUGGUGAUAAUAAUAAAAAAUGUCAUUUAAAUUGAAC